GCAAGAUCCAAGUCUCAGUUGAAUAGCAAAUUGGUCCAAAUUAUUGAAAGGAAAAAAGCCUUGGGAAGAGGAGGGGUAGGAGUAGGAGACCGGAGGAGGGGGGCAGCAACAAUCCUUUUCCCUUCCCAGAUGGUGAGAACAGUGCCGAUCGCAUCACAUUCCGCGGAGCGUUCCCAGUCGUCCUAUGGUGAAGUGCCAUCGCUCUAAUCAAAAACAAACGGAGCCGCAGCUUUCGCUUGCGCUCAACAGCUCCAGUACGGAACGUCCAUCCUUGGCUGUGCGAGGUCUCCGUCUGGCCGAUAUUCGGUGGCGACGGGGCCUUGAACGAUUGAACUGUGGUUAAUUGAAGAAGCGGGAGAAGUAAAUACAAGCACACCACUCAAGACGAAGUUACUAUGGAGAAGCGCAGGGAGGCGGGAGUCUAACGUGGAUAGGGGGCACAAAUCAAAUCAAAAGAUUUACUAUUCGGAUUAAUACAAUUUUGAACACUUCAUUUUGAGAGGGAUUUUCAUCAGAUUUUCUGGCCAUUAUCUCACGCAAGCAUGAACGGAAAGGAAGCGAGGUUUUGCACGGGAUGCUGGAGGCUACUGCUGCUGUCAAGCAUUCUGGUUCUACACUUGAUUCCCCUCUUUGUACAUGGGAACACUCUGGGGGCCAAUGUCACUGAGUUGGACACCACAGCCAAUGUGACAUCCCUGCCCAGUAAGGUCGAAGAAGCGGCCAAAGUGAAUGAUGUCGUUACCAAGGUGACCUGGAUCAGCAACUCAGUCAGCCCCAUCGUCACAGUGACCCAGAGGCCUGGCCACAUGCCCCGCUCCGAGGAGGAGCAAAGCAGCGGCAUGCUGGGAGAAGGGGUGUUGCCAGCCGAGGAGGAGGUGGUGGCCCCGCCCAGGAUCAGCCCUGACUCAGCAGAGACAGAGCUCCUGCUGCCUAGCAACCCCCGUGGCACGGAGGAUGAAGAGGAGCACACCGACCCACCGUGGCUGAACGCCAGAGACAACGUCUUCGACCUGGACCGCCACUUCCAAGAAGGAGUAGCCGACCUGGCCACCACCACUGCCCCUCCACCCGCCGCUGCUAACCCCUCCCGCCCGGACGUCCUCACGGUGGACUUCUUCGACCCCGCCUCUCGCGGCCGCGGCCUGGACCUAGCCCCGCCCUCUCCCUCCUCUUUGGCCCACGAGCUCCAGGGUGGCGACCCCACUUCCUGGGCCAUGCCAGACAACUACGACUACCUCACGCCGUACGAAGACGGUGCGUCGCCCACCCCUGAUGAGUACUCCUACAGCACCACUACUGAUACCUUGGAUGGGGAUGACGACUUGAGGCUAACUGCCGGGCCUCCAUCGCGCUCCAGGCCCAGGGCUCCCCCAGGUUCCGGCUCCUUCACCCCAGACAAGAGGCUGCCCAGUGGAGGUGCUGCUGCUGCUCCAGAGGGCCCUGCGGCAGCCCCUCCAGCGUUACCCGUGGAUGGCUCAGACGGAGCCGGUGGCUGCCGCCAGGGCUACGUGAAGCAGAAUGGAACCUGCCGCUCCCCCUGCGACACACUGCCCAGCUACUGCUUCAACGGAGGCCAGUGCUACCUACUGGAUGGCAUGGGGGUCUUCUGCAGGUGUAAUGCCCAGGACUACAUCUGGCACAAGGGUUCCCGCUGUGAGUCGGUGGUGACAGAGUUCCAGGUGCUGUGUCUGACCAUCGGGGCGUCGGCCCUCAUGGUGCUGCUGCUCUUCAUGAUCAUCGUCUGCUUCGCCAAGAAGCUCCACGUGCUCAAGACCGAGAACAGCAAGCUGCGCAAACGCAGCAGUAAGUACCGGCCUCCAUCGGAGCAGCACAAUGAUAAUUUCUCCCUGUCCACCAUCGCUGAGGGCUCCCACCCAAAUGUAAGGAAACUGUGCGACACCCCUCCUAACGUCCCUCAUGCCCGUGCUUUGGCUUACUAUGAUAACAUUAUCUGUCAGGAUGAUCCUAAUGCCCAGAACAAGCUGGAGGACCCCGUGAAGGCCCCGGUGCCCAAGGAGGACGACUCCCUGAACAUCCACAACUCCCUGACCCCCAAACACGAGAACCACAAGGUACUGGGCGAGGAGAACUCCUCGGAGGUAAACUCACUGCAGAACAACAUGAUGUAGAAGCCUGGGUCGGGAUGAGAGCUCCAGUCCUGCUCUCUAUCCCAGCCACAACGUCUACAACUGCUACCACCAGCCAACCACCGUCUACAACACGGCAACACUGCCACCAAGCGGCCCACACCGCUGCAAAAAAAAAACACCACCCCAGCUGAAACUCCCCCCUGACCUGCCACCGCCUAUAGCGACCCCUUACGCCCAAUCACGCCCCCCUGCCUCGCUGCCCUGCCCCUUCGUUGCUGUCACUCUGCUCCCCCUUACCCCCUGCCCGCACGCACAUACACACACUAGAACACACAAACCGACACACCAGAACACACAAACACACACAUAUAUGUACAUACACACACUAGAACACACAAACCGACACACCAGAACACACAAACACACACAUAUAUGUACAUACACACACUCACAUAUACACUCAUAUUCCCCUGCCUGCAUUGGUGUAUUUUGUAAAAAGAAAAAAAUCAUAUGGAGUUUUAAAAAAGAAGUUAAACAUUGUAAAAAAUAUAAAAGUUACUGAGAGGUUUCGAUGUUUGUCUGACUAAUUAAGUGAGUAUGUAUAAAUAUAUGGAAAAAAUGCUUGGAUUGAUAUAAAAGAAACAACACAAUGUGUCUUCGUUUUCAUUGAUGUGAUUUCUAAUCCUUUGAUGUACUUGUUUUAUUUUGUACUUUUUUGGGAAUACAGACUUCAAAACAGAGAACAAAAUCUGAGUUGUUGAAAUAAACCUUUUUAACAUGA